CGUACUGUACCGGGGUCUUGAUCAUGGCCCCGUGUCCCAUCGACAUUCGGAUAUCGAUAAAAUAUCUUCCACUUGUCAGACUUCUGUCAUUCCCCAGUGAUGAAGAGGGCUUGCGACUGACAAUAUGUAGGACAUGACAAUUGCAAAACAUCAAUGCCAUGGGUCAACUUUGGGGGCAAUGAUAAGCGCUUGCUCCACCACCACUGCUGACGCUUGGAGAGCCAAUGGAAUGGUCAAAUCGUGGAGCCUCAUGAGCUGGCAAAAAGCCUCGAGAUUGGGCUCAAUCAUCGGCUGACCGAUAAUCCCAAAGAGUCACACAGAACUGCUCAUGAAUAACCAGCGAGCAUGGAGACUCCUGAGGAAGCAAUCGCCGGGUGAAACGCUCCUUCCGCCGGUCAAUUCAUCGGCUGACGAGAUCCGACUUCUCGACAUCUUUCCAUCCGAAAAAGACUCUUCUCCGAUAGCAUGCAGUUACCGCGUCAUCAGCCUGAAGCCGAGCGAAGGGCAACAAAUCCCCUGUUACGAGACUCUGUCCUAUGCCUGGCAAGAUGUCGGCAGCGACCCGGAAACAGAGGCGCCUCAAGUCAUCAUUGACAGUAACUCUUUCCCGGUCUCGGGGAGCCUUCUACGAGCGCUGCGGCGGCUUCGACUUUCGGACCGGAUAAGGACGCUAUGGAUAGACGCAGUAUGCAUCAACCAGUCCGACGAUGUCGAAAAGACGCAGCAAGUCAACCUGAUGCGCCGCAUCUACGCCUCAUGUACCCAGUGCAACAUCUGGUUGGGAUAUCCACGAGAUGUAGGUGUCUCUGAGAAAGACGCACAAGCGGCUUUCGACACCAUCGCUUGGAUCACCGUCGCAGGCGAAGCGCUGGACGCCAGGUUUAGUGGGGUUGAUGUACCUAACCCGUCUCCGCUAGCUUGGUUCCAGGAUGUUGAAGAUGAGGGCACUGAUGGGCAUGAGUUGCGACUAAGGGCUGCCGAAGCAUUCUACAAAUUCUUCAGGACGCCCUGGUGGUCGCGAGUGUGGACCGUGCAAGAGGCGGUCCUUCCUCCUGCGGCGACGGUCUACUGGGGCGCCUGUGAGAUCUCAUGGCAUCUUCUUGACAUGGCGUCAGAGGCACUCAUGGCGCCUACUGACGGGAAGCGAAAUGAACAUGUUGGUGAUUUGCUGCCAGAUGGACUAUUUGACAAGCUCAGGCCGGACGACUACCUGAUUGCUUAUAUGAGGGGUAUCGGCAUCUCGUCUGGUGGCGAAGAGCCUGUAUCCACGCUGUAUCGCUGGCGUGGAAGAAGAGCCACAGAUCCGAGGGACAAAGUGUACGGGUUGAUGGGAUUGAAGGGUAGAAAUGUUGAUGAGGAGGCGGCUUUUCUCCCCGGCAUCCCAUCUUGCGACUACACCCUGGACACCCAAACACUUUUCUGCCGUGUCUCAUGGGCCCUUAUCGAACAAUCCAACAGUCUUGAACCUCUCAUGGGCCGACGGGGAGAAGCGGCCAAGUUGGAGGGUCUUCCGUCAUGGGUGAUAGACUGGUCGCAAGACAGAUGGUCGGAUGGAUUCAUCCACUUUAAUACGGAAGAAGACAAGGUACCGGUCCAAGUGCCGGGAGCCGAUUAUUUUAGUCAUGAGGAACUGUACUCCAACUAUUGCGCUGAUGGGCCCAUUAUGGUGGGAAAGGGCCCGAGAGUUUUGGAUGAAACUGGACGAGUACUUGGAUUGGACGGCUUCUUGGUUGACAGAAUCGCGGUGGUGGAGCAGCGAGAAGUUCUUGGGAGACAGGAGUUUCCGGGCGACCAGGUUCUGGUAGCGAACGCGGUGCGAUAUGGAGAGCUCAUUGGGCGAUGCCACGACUAUUUCUCGUCGGCAAGUGAGGAAUCACGCAGGCGGUGGCAGAGCGGUGGCUGGAUGCAGGAAUACCUCGGCGUCGUGACGGGCCAGCUUGAUCCAGCAAUGCCAGGUCAUUGUCCCCUUGACCGGGACGAGUGGGCGUCCAUAUAUCUCCAACACCAUCUUUUGUUCGUCACCGAAGGAGGCAAGGUUGGAUUCGGGCCCGUGACGUCUGAACCUGGUGAUGAGGUCUGGAUUCUCGAAUUGUGCAGGCUCCCGGUUGUGCUUAAGCCUUUGAAGUCCGAGGAUCAGGAACGAGGUUGUUCGACUCCCGUCGACGGGGCAAACCGGCGUGAUGUUACUUGGGUGGGCGACUGUUGCGUGUACGGAAUAAUGAUGGGAGAAUUAGUCAAAGGGAAGGAGGAUGCUUGGGUUGAGGUUGCGGUAUACUGAACGGAAGGAACCUUAAAAUCUUAUAACCAAUAUUCGCCUAGAGGUAUCUAUCAGAUGUGACGG